AAAUGCUUGCAUGUGCAAGUAUAAUCGCAUCAUCAGGGAGAACUGAACACCUGCAUUAUAAACACUCUGCAGAAGCGUGAUCUACCAUCUCUUCAUAGCCUGUAUUUGUCCAGGGUCCUGAGGUCUGUAGGUCAUAAUGGGGGUCCAUCCUUCUCAAGCUGGACCAUCAGGAGUCAGCUAACAUUGCAUUAAAGCCCUCACUUUCUGCACAUCCGCUCCAUGCAGCAGAUGCUCGUUCCCCUCUGAGUUCUGUUAAAAGAAACUUCUAAUAAGGCUGUAAAUUAUCCGUGAACAUUUGAUUCCUCUCAGCUGAGCAGAGGAAACGCCUGGGCUGCAGAACCGUGUGGAGGGAGCGCCAUCAACACCUGUUGGAGCCUGGUGUGUUUAGCCGGACAGUCUCUAACAUGGAGCCUCCAAACUACACCCAGCAGCUGCUACUGCAGCUGAACCAGCAGAGAUCUAAAGGCUACCUGUGUGACAUCAUCAUCGUGGUGGAAAACGCUCUCUUCAGGGCGCACAAGAACGUCCUGGCAGCCUGCAGCAGCUACUUUAAAUACCUGGUUCUCCACGAGAACCUCAUCACCCUCAACACAGAGAUGGUGAACCCCUCCGUCUUCAACCAGGUCCUAGACUUCAUCUACACGGGUCAGCUGCCUUCCUCCUCCCAUUUCAGUGACCAGGUCGUGUCCGAGCUCCUCAGAGCGGCGUCCUACCUGCAGCUGUCAGACUUGGCCGCUGUCUGCCACUUGAAACUAAAAACCAGCGAGUCAAAGACCUGGACAUCAUCCACCACCUCUUCCUUCAGCACCAAACAACAACAACAAAUCAGCAGAAACUACAACCACGAGUCCUUGGAGGAUGGAAAGAGUCAGAGAAGGGGAGAUGUGUCAGAGGAGGAGGUUUUCACUUCUAUAGAGAUCAGGAAGAGUGGUAGCACACCCAGCAGCUCCAGCUCUUCUUCUUCUGAUGAUUUACCUCUGAACUCCACUUCAGCUUUCAGUAACCCAACACUGGAGCAGUGGUACCCAAUGAUCGACUGGCAGACAGCCGCACAAAAGAGACCUGCACACAGUGGGGAGGAUUGUUUGGAAGGAAGCGUGCAAACAAAGGGGAAGGAAGUCGAACACGAGGGGCUGAUCCAAGCGGAGCUGGAAGACCGAGAAGAGGAAGGUUUGGUUCUGAAGAGAGAGCUGGAAAAGAGUGAAAGUGGAACUGAAGACGAGGAGGUGAAAGGGAACAAAUACUCUGGCUACGUCUACCAUCAGCAGCUUCAGUCUUCAGCCUAUGACAGCUCUUAUUUGUGCAUCCCUUGUGGGAAAGGUUUCACCAGCUCAGAGCAGCUCAUCGCUCAUGUAGACUCACAUAAAACCGAAGAUCCAGAAGAGGAACAACUGCUCAGAAUGCAAGAUCAGUACUCAGAGAGUCUACCGUCGAGAUCCUCUAAAGAGGAACCAAAAACAGAGUCUGGUUUCUCCUGUUCAGUCUGUGGUAAGAUCUACGUGGACGCUGCAAUGCUGAAUCACCACAAGCGGAGCCACAGUCUGACCCGGUCGUUCUCCUGCGACGUCUGCGGGAAGCUCUUCACCCAGCGGGGAACCAUGACCCGGCACAUGCGGAGCCACCUUGGCAUCAAACCGUUCGCCUGUGAGGAGUGCGGCAUGCGCUUCACACGCCAGUACCGCAAGAUGGAGCACAUGAGGAUCCACUCCAGAGAGAAACCGUACCAGUGUCAGCUGUGUGGGGUGAGGUUCACCCACCAGCGCAGCAUCAUCAGCCACCUGAAGAUGCACGCCAUGGUCUCCUGAGGAUGACCCUGCAUCAUAAAUCAGACCAUUUUGAUCAGUCAUCUCACAAUAAAAAACUGUUUUUUUGACUGCAGAAUACUUGAAGUGUUGCCUGCAAAACAGUUUGUAAGAUAUGUGUGUGACCAUAAAUGUGACCAUAAAUCAUGGAGGUUCUGUUGUGCAUUAUAAGCAGUAAUUCAAGCCUGAGCAGCAAAACACGAUGAAGAAUAUUUAAAAAAUCAUGGAAGUUUUAGAGGAGAGAUUGUGAACUUGGCAAAGAUCGGACAGGAACUAAAUUCCAGUUGGAUGGUGGCAAAGGAAAAGUGGAGGUCUGCGCCCUCCAGUGGUGAUUUUAAUGUCAUGAAUGAAUCAUUGCUGAGAGUCUUGGAGGAUUUUGAAUCCUAUUAUUUGAUUAUGUGUGAGGAAAUAAAGCUCAGUGUUAAAGACUUUUGCC